UCGCUGCAGGGCGGCGGAGUCAGAGGGGCAGAUCGAGGAGGAGAGAGCGGAGCUGCGGGCACCCUGCGCAGGGACGGGGAGCCGCGUCUGGGCGCCGGGCUGCCGGGCAGGGGAGCCCGGCCCGGGGGAGCAGCGGGAGAGGCCGAGCUGUCCCAGAGCCGCCAGCCCCUUGCGGGGUCCCGCAUGGCCCGGCUCUGAGGGGCUGCGCUCGGGAGGAGCCCGGACGGGACGGGAGUCCAGGGCGAUGCUGCGCCUGCUGGAAGCCGAGCUGCUCUUCGCUUCCCUGCUCUCCGGACCCUUCCCGCCGCUCUCCGGGGAUCAGAAGAGCAAAUCUUGUCCCGAGAAUAAAAUCCUGACCAUGGAAUACUCCUGCACAGGAGCAGGUGGGACGCCGGCCACAUGCUUACGGAGGAAGUGCUGUGAGGGCUAUAGGUUUGUGAUGGGCCAGUGUAUCCCGGAAAGCAUGGAUGUGUGCGCCAACUUCCCGUGCGAGCAGCAGUGCACGGACAACUUUGGUCGCGUCCUGUGCACGUGCUUCCCCGGCUAUCGCUUCGACAGAGAGCGCCACAAGACUCACCUGCACCCUUACUGCCUCGACAUCGAUGAGUGUGUGGAAAGCGGAGGUGCCGUCUGCGACCAGCUGUGUACGAACACCCCAGGCAGCUACCGGUGCCAUUGCCAGCGUGGCUAUUACAUAGCAUCUGACGGGACAACCUGUCUGAAAUCCAGCAACGGCACCACAGUGGUCAAGUCGGAGACCCUGAUGGGCACCAGGUCCUGCUCCGUCACCUGCGAGGAGUUCACCAGCAUGAAACAGACAGUCUCCCAGCUGAGACAGAAGCUGCUGCUUCCCGUCUUGGAUAACAAGAGUAGGAAGUCCUGGAUGAGGAUUAACCGCAAACCAGCAGACUCCUCACACCGUCCUCCUGCCCUAGGGCCCCCAGGCCCCCCGGGGCCUCCAGGUGACCUGGGAGCAACAGGGGAGAAAGGGAGUCCAGGGGCAGUUGGACCUCCAGGGCCUCCAGGAACCCCAGGGCCCCGUGGGGACAUGGGGCCAAUGGGACCGUAUCCUGACUUUGCGCAUAUCAAAAUCGGACAAAGGGGACCAGUGGGCGCUCCUGGGGCACCGGGAAGGAAUGGCCAGAAGGGCGAACGAGGAUACCCCGGUCCCCGAGGGCCACCGGGCCCUCCGGGCUCCUUUGACUUCCUGCUCCUGAUGAUGGCUGACAUCAGGAAUGACAUCCGUGAACUACAGGAGAAAGUGUUUGGCCAGCACCGGAGGAUGGAGUUUGAGACGCCGUCUGCCGACAGCAGGGACUCUGAGGUGCACGAAUGGGGAUCCGGCCAGGAGGAGCUGCUGUGGGGGCCUAGACCCGCGCGCUCAGCCACAUGACCAGGUGGCAAACACCUGCUCCCCUGCAGCUGGACGCAGGAAUCGCCCACACUCCAGAGACGUUGCUUGGACACAAGAUGCUCCAGGGAUGUUCCGUGGUUGCCGGACACUGCAGCUGAUUCGUCCCCUCGGGCCAAUUUGAGCCCCCCAUCACAGUCGCUGUCCAGAGCAGGGAGUCUAUUUAUUAUGAGUGUUAAAUGUUAUAUUUUUACACUAGAAAGAAUGGAAAAGGGGUAUUUUUAUAAAGGUGCUUUUCUGUCUCUUUGAAGAAGAUGGGACAUUCUCUAGAUGCAGGGAGGAAGCCCUGGAUUUGCUUCUCCACAGCAGCUCAGCCUCUGCCAGCAGUUUAUAUCCAGGGGAAAUGUAGGGCAAAUGAGCUGGAAGGAAGGAGUAAAACACCGAGGGACUGAUUCUCUUCUCACUCCAGUUUUACACCAGGGUCACUGUGUUGAUUUCCCUGAGGUUGCUCCCGGUUUACGCUAGUGUGAGUGGAAAAUCAGGUGUGGAUAAUCUCAGAUCCCUGCUGAUGUGUCCAAGGGAGAAUUCUUUACUGGCUUCAGAUCUGACCCUCUGUGUAACCUUGCUCCAGAAAGCUCAGUGUAACACCUACUCUGUAUGAUGCUCUGGGCCUCGCUCAUGAUGGCAGAUUGAUGAGGCUGCUAUGGCUGGGUCUUGUAACUCAGACAACAGAAGCUUAUGGUUUCAGAUCCCCGCUGCCAAUAACCCACAUGGUAGAAAGAGAGAGACAGAACACUAAGGGCCAUUGAUAAAAGCUCACUGUGCAUGCAGGGCCCUCCUCGCCUGGGGAGAUGGUGUCACUCUUAGCCCUGGGCUUUCAUCCUAAGGAACUGUGAGCCCAGGUUACGUCCAGAAAUACCAAGGGCCAAAUGCAGCUGUGAAUCUAAGCUGCUGUCAUUUUUGCACCUCUCCUCUUGUAAAUGACACGAAUCUGGUCUGGCAUGCCUUUACCCUCACUUCUGACUUUGGUCUCUGUAACAGGAGAGACGGCAAUGCAAAUAACUGCAAACAGAGGAAAGUGAACAGGUUCCUUCUCCAGCUCUCUGGACCUGGGGAGAAUGUCAUCAGAACAUGAGCAAGGGAAUGAGCCCCCCAUACUCUCUAAUAAAGGCCCACUAAUGGGUUGCAGUCUAAGCAAAUUCAGGGGUUCCAGAGAACUCCAUAGACAAAACUCUCCAGUAGGUGGCAGCUGGUGUUUUGAAAUCCACCCUCAAUUUUAGCACAGAGGCACUGGAGACAUGAACGCCUGUAAUUUCUGCAUAAGCGAAACUCUUGUCAGGCUGCACUGGCUCCUACAGAGCAAAGGCAUGUGAAGGAAACCGUAGUGCAUUCAUUAUGUGCAAACAGGAGUCUAGGCUCCUACACAAACACACUGCUGCUCUAAGAGGGACGGAGGCUGCCUUAAGAUGUGUUCUGCUAAGGAUCUGUUAUGCCUCUAACAGAGGAGUAGAGAAGCCAGUGGUGAGCUUGGCCGGAGAGUGAGGAGUGCGGUGGAGUAAGUGGCAAAAGCCCAACUCUCACACUACGUCUACACUGUUAUUCUCAAUAGCACCAAAAGGGCCCAAAAGAGAUCCGGGCUUCUUCAGGCUAAGUGCUGCAUAGUCACAGAGAUACAGCCUGUACCUUGAGAGCUUCCCAGCCGCAGAGAAAUGCAACUGCGAGGGGAACCAAGGGGAGGGCGUGAUUGUCCAACCAUCACACAGCAGAGCUGGGACUGCAACCCACUUCUCCCGAUGCCUAACGUGGUCUCCUAUCCACUGGACUAUGCUGCCUCCCAGUGGGAUUUCAUCCACUAGUGCACAGUAGCUGCAAAACCCUACCAUAGACACUGUUUAUACCAGUGCAGUGUGGCUGCAGGAGGGGAUUGCACUGAGCCAGCUACGUAGGUGUAAUUACACAGGGGGCUAAAAAUCCUACUGUAGGCCUGGUUUUAGGGUACAGAUGGAAUUUCCUGGAAAGUUGAAAAUAAAUGCAUUUAAUAGGUUAGGAGUUUAAAAUUGUGGGUCAGAGCCUCAGAUGGUGUGAACAGAAGACAAUGGAGCUCUGCUGAUUCCUAUGGCUCUGUCUAUCCAAGGCUUAAAUGGUCCUUAUCCAUCUUA